CUCUGCAGGAGACUUAGAGGUUCUUAAGAUGUAUGGAAAACUGUCACCCUUCUGUUUUCUGCUGCUGCGCCUUGGUGGUCUCCUCAGAAUUUUGUGGUUUAGUAAAGUUCCCCAGCACUUCCUCCCACGAUAAUACAAAAACUGCAGCAAAACUCAGUUCAACUCAGUCAGUCUUCAUCCUUGCAGCCAGAUCCUUCUGAGGGUGUUUGUAAUCUCUGAGAUUUAUGGCUGGGCUCUUUUGGAUUGUCCUGUUUCUCUGUGCGGCAGGAUGUCACCAGUCACCCACCUCCCACAUUUCCAUCUCCACUCUGGAGGUCAAGAGGGGGCAGAAUGUGUCUCUGACCUGCAACGUUACGGCCAGCUCCAUGAUCACCUGGUACCUGCUGCGUUCGGACCAGCUGCUGCCACUAAUGACGGCCUCAGAGAAUAAACUCCGACCGGGAAACGAUAUAAUUGAUUAUAGCAGCGAAAACCCUAGUCACGUCAUGUGGACAGGAAACCUGAAGACCGGGCUGGUCCGGCUGAAGAUCGAGGCGGCGGAGGAGGAAGACGCUGGGCUGUAUUUCUGCUCUGGGUGGUGUGGAGCUAAGGUGUAUGGAAGCAGAGGAAUUCACCUGAAAUUUAAGGGAAUUGACGGGGAAGCAAGAAAACUACACCUGCCCCCGGGGAGUCAUUUGAUCUGCGUGCUCUCAGGUUUACUCGGCCUCUUUUCCUUUCUGAUGAUUGGACUUUACCUGUGCUCAGGUAAACUGGGUCAUUGCUGCUGCAAUCCAUGGAGACAAGAUUCUACUAUGAGGGUGACAGAGGAUGACUCUUUGCAUUAUUCCAGUCUGAGGCAUCCAGAUAAGCCCCGCCCAUCUAACAGGGCUGCACCCGGAUUGGUGGAGGACCUUGUCACGUAUUCUACAGUGGCCACUCGCCAAAAAAAUGGAUUACAUGACCAGCGAUAAAUUUGUUUCUGCUGAGUGACUGUUUUUAAUGUUGGGUUACCUUACUGGAGUAACUUUCAACUAACCUUUAGAGUCAAUUUCUGUAAGAUUUUUCUUUUAUGUCUUAUUGCAUUUUUGAUUCGUUUUUUAGAACCUUAUUCUGGUUUAUAAGCUUAAAAAUCUGUUAUUCUAUAUUUAGUUGUCAUUAACAAUAGAAAUACCAAUUCUACUCUACAUUCUGUUAAAAAAAAUAAUACAUUUAUAUCAAAAGGGCAGUUUUCAUUUAACUCUAGAGCAUAAUUAGAUUUCUGGAUAAUGAUAAUUGAAUUAAUAUUUGAGUAGUUCUAAAUAAAACAGUUGCAUUUCAAAUCACUUAACAUUCCCCUAAAAAUUUAGGGACCACAAUGCAAUGCAAAAUAAAAAAAGAUGGAAAUGUACUUUUAAUUACUCCAGAAAGUACUCGGUUGUAAAAUUAAAUGUUUUAGUUUAAAUUGUCAAUAAUGUUAAAGGCAAAAGCAGCACUUUUGAAUACAUAUUUCAAAUUUGACUUUAAUUGAAAUGUUUAUUUUUGGAUUAACCCAACUUUUUUUCACAAGAUUUAAAAUUCAAUAUUUGAUUCUGUGUAUUACUGGAGGAAGACAGAAGUUACUGUAAGUUAUAUUAUUGUCGUCCUCAGCUGAAUAAAGAUGUAAACACAUAAGAUAUAACUACUUUAAUAAAUGAAAGCUUAAUAUGGACUGGAAGUAUAGCAACAGUUUCUGCAUCUGAUAUUAAAUAGUUUCAAUGCUAUAUAAUAGUAAAUAUAGGGUCUUUAAGACAUUUUGGACUGGUGUAUAAUACAAAAAAAAAGAAAUAAAAAACAUACUAUCCUCCAGAUGAAAAUUAACUACAUAUUAGUUAUGUUUUAAGCUCCUUAGCUGAUUGUUUUUUUUAUUGAUGUAAUUUUAUGUAACUAUGAAAAAAGUUCUCUUUUAAUGUUGUUAUUUUGCUUCUUGCUUCAAAGCUAUAUAACCACGCAGCUGCUGAUAUGAAGAAUGUAAAUGUGAGCCAUGCUGACAGAAUCUAGACAAUGGGCUCUGUUUUUUAGCUUUAGAUUUCUUUUUUUAAAGGAUUUUUCCAGUGUUGGUUAUUGGUGUUCAAUUUUAUUCAAUAACUCGAAUGUAUGUUUGUUUAUAUCAAAAGAACAAUC